GUCGAAAUAAAACGGACACGCCAAGAAGUGUAUAUGUUUACAUAAUAUACAAGUUUUGUCUUUUUGCUGGAUAAUAACUGAGUUUAGUGAGUAACUGAAAGAAGAGAAGUUAAGAAAAAAAAUGGACUUGAUCUACAAUUAUCGUCUUCCUUCAAGAGUUUUGUGGCUAAUUUUAGUGCCAUUAUUACUAGUGGGUGCAUGGUAUUUGGGUGUACAGAGUUCAAAAAGCUCUUUUUUGGUCCUUUCUUCUCAGCCUUCUGAUAAAAAGUUUACAUCUACUAACCUCUCUGCUACUGUAGAAACGGAAUUGGCAAAGGAUCAAUUACCGCAAGUUGGCUUAGAUGAUACAAGGGAGGAAGCGCAGAUGAUUUCUUCCAAGAAAAAGUUGAGCAAUUUAGAGAGGAUUGAAGCUGGUUUGGGACAAGUGAGGGCUGCCAUAAAAGCUCAGAGUAGAAGUCGAACAUUAGAUGACCCUGAAUAUGUCCCUAAAGGUCCAUGUUAUUGGAACCCCAGUGCCUUCCACAGGAGCUACUUGGAAAUGGAAAAACAUUUCAAGAUUUACGUAUACGAGGAUGGCGAACCCCCUGUUUUCCAUUAUAGUUCAAGUGAAGGUAUCUUAGGAAUUGAGGGGAUUUUGAUUAAUCAGAUUGAACUUAGCAAAUUUCGGACGAAUGAUCCUGAGAAAGCUCAUGUUUACUUCCUUCCAUUCAGUGUGUAUUCCAUUGUAAGCUAUGUUUAUGUUGUUGAUUCUCAUGAAUGGGACCCUAUGAAGAAUACAGCUUCUGAUUAUAUUGAUAGCAUCUCCAGAAAAUACACUUAUUGGAAUAGAAGCCUUGGAUCUGAUCAUUUCAUGCUUGCUUGCCAUGAUUGGGCUCCUGAAAUUUCAACCGCCGUUCCAUACUUGUACAAGAACUCAAUUAGAGUACUAUGCAAUGUGAAUACUUCGGAGAGAUUCAAUCCUUCAAAAGAUGUAACUUUGCCAGAAAUCUAUCUACCUCAUGGUUCACUGAAAGGCUUAAUUGGAGGGCCAUCUCCGUCCCAGCGUUCUGUUUUAGUCUUUUACGCUGGAGGUAUUCAUGGCUACAUCAGGCAAGUACUAAUGGAACAGUGGGGAAAGAAUGAUGAUCCACAAGUCGAAAUUCACGAGUACCUUCCUAAGAAUGUUUCAUAUUAUGGCAUGAUUAGAAAGAGCAAGUACUGUAUUUGUCCUAGUGGUUAUGAAGUGGCAAGUCCAAGAAUGGUUGAGGCACUUUAUAUGGGAUGUGUUCCAGUACUAUUGAAGGAUCAUUAUGUUGCACCUUUUAGUGAUGUGUUGAAUUGGGGAAGUUUUGCUGUUGAAAUGACUUCAAGUGAUAUACCUAAUUUGAAGAAAAUCUUGAUGGCAAUACCUCAAAAAAAGUACAACAAAAUGCAGAGGAGAGGAAAAACAGUAAGGAGGCAUUUUGAGGUCAAUUUUCCUCCUAAAAGAUAUGAUGUUUUUCAUAUGAUUCUUCAUUCAAUUUGGCUCAGAAGGCUCAAUAUUCAAGUCCAUGAUACGUGAACGACUCACAGGCAGAUCUAGGGUGGGCUCUACAAGUUCAGCUGAACACACUGCUUUUGGCUCAAACUAGGUAUACAUGUGCAGAAUUUUUUUAAAUAACACGUACAAUAAGAUCACACUCAUUCUGAAUUCACUGACUCUAUCUUGAAUUCGCCUCUGGAACGAUUAUUCCUAUUUCGGUGAGGGAAUCACUUGCAAUUGUAUGACAAUUGUGGUGACGGUUCAUCACUACCAUUGAUCAUGUGAAGAUGAGGUUGCAGUUUUGGCAUGUUUUGAGUAACACCCAAUUGUUGUGGUAGAAAUGUUCAUUAUUCAUGUUAAGUUGUAUGAUUCAUGCCGUUUAACAAGUUUAAUUAAGGUGUAGGAGAGUCCACUGGUUUGUUGUUCAGUCAAUUGAAAUCCCUUUCAUAAAUCUGUCAAAUUUCUACUCUUGAAGUAACUGUCAACAGUCAACACUAUUGUACUUUAGCACUAUAAUUCAAUUACCCACGAA